AUGGCGGGCCAGGGCGACCUGCAGGAGCUGCUGAGAAUGCUCACGUCUCGAAAAGUCUCCAUGAUGGCGGCAAUGGGCCAUGUUAAAUCGCUGCAGUCAAACAACCUACGAAGCAUCGACCAGAUCGCAGCAGCCCCCCUCAACAGCGUCGAGUCGGCCAUGGGCGACGCCAAGCUGGCAAAGAGCCUGCACGCAGCAUGCAAGAGCCACGGCAAGAAGGCAACAAAGCGUCCGGCCGCCGACUCGACGUCGCCAAACGCAAAGAAACCCAGGCUGGAGCCCCACAAGCGAGACUUGGACUACAGCUCCAUGACGCCCGACGAGCUGGAGCUGGCGCUGAGCCUGCCGCUCGUCGAGGACGAAGACGUCAUCCGGGCCACCACGGUCGUGACCAACAGGGCCCCGCUGGUGCUUGCCUUUGCCGUCGAGCUGCUCCGGCUGACGAUGCCUGAGCAGCCGCCCAGCAGCCGACUCAGCCUGGCGCAGGCGGUGGUGAGCGCCAACUCGAGGGCCAAGGCUGUGAGCUUGGGGAUCGAAAAGGCGGGAGGGGAGGAGCACAUUCCCGAGGGCCAGCCAAAGGUGCGCGUGUUGGGGCGGGACAUUCCGGUUCUCAAACGAGGCGGCUACACAUGGUCUCCGGAGGGAGCCAAGAAUCAGGAUUCAGAACCGAGCACGGCGAGAGCACCGGGAGAAGCAACAGGCCAGCGCCAAAAGACGUGGUCGGCGAGCCAGAGGCUGACCGCCAGGUCAUCCAUAUUCAUCGCUCACGCAGCGUCACUGACGGCAUCAAGCCAAAGGGCCGGCCUGGUCAACCAGCUCAUGACCGAGAAGCCCCAUCUAGAAACUGCCACUCACAACGCCUGGGCUGCGCGCACAAGUUACGGGAACUCGCCGCUAGUGCAAGAGGCGUCCUUUGACGACGGCGAGUCAGGCUGCGGCGCAUUCAUGCUGGGCCUGAUGCGGGAGGCCGACGUCAAGAACACGGUGGUGGUGCUGACGCGGUGGUUCGGGGGCGUCAUGUUGGGGCCUGACCGGUGGCGGCUGAUGCGUGAGUGCGUCAACGAGGCGCUGCUGUCCCAGCGGCGGACGUCGACGCUGUCGGGCGAAGCCGUGUGGGCGCUGGACCCGCAAGACGACAAGCCGGCCACGUCGACGGUGGGUAUGGCCACGCACCGGCCCGAAGGCGCGAGGAACUACCUGCUGCGGAGCUUCGCCACGGAGGAGGAAGAGGGCGGGCGAGGAGGAGGCAGGAAGAUGACGGCGGCGGCGAGCAGCGAGGACAAGCAGGAGAACCUGGGACGGGUGCUCGGGGCCAUCAGGCUCCUGUACGCGAGCUGGCAGGGGGUGCUCGGGAGGGAGGAGCUGGAUAGGCGGGCGUGGAGCUGGUACGUGGCCACACGGCCCGACGUGGAGGCUGGGCGAUCGGGAUGGGGGGCCAAGGGGAGGCUGAGCCUGGGCAAGAUUCUUGAUUUACGGCGCAAGGAGGGCUAG